CAAGUACUAAGGAAUUGAUAUAUUUAAUAACACUGUGAUUAUUAGCAACAAAGUCGUUGUAGUAUAGUGGUAAGUAAUCCCGCCUGUCACGCGGGUGACCCGAGUUCGAUCCCCGGCAACGGCGUAUUUUUUUUUUUUUCAAGACAUCUCUCUGCGACUGCGAUGCAUUUGAGGGUUUUUUGAAGAUUGCUCCACCAUUGCUCAAAAAGUUCGCUUCGAAGAUGGAAAAUUCGGUUUACUAAUAAUGUAAAUCGAUUCACCGUUCUCUAUUGAAGAGUUGAUCAGAUUCUUCGUCACCGUCUACCACUAUUUCUGCAAGUCUCCCAUUUUAGUUACUCUCGCUGAUUUAGAGAGUCUAGAAUUCAGUUUCUUUUCUUUUUCUUCUUUAAGGGUUUCUCUUGGAUUUUAACAAAAAAAAAGUAUGGAUAGAAUCAGUGAUCUACCAGAUGAGAUUCUUCACCACAUUGGUUCCUUUCUCUCCGCAAAGGAAGCUGCUUUCGCUACUCUUCUCUCAAAACGGUGGCGUUCUCUCUUCACCAUCAUACCAAACCUUCACUUCAGUGGCUCACUUACACGUGCAGCAGGAGGACGUUUCAAGGAUUUUGCGGAUAGAGUAUUGGCUCUACCUGUCAGCUCUCGCGUCAGGACAUUCUCUCUCAAAUGUAAACAUGUCGCUCGGUACGAAGACCUUAUCAACCGUUGUCUCCGUCACGUGUUGAACCGUGGUGUUUUGGUUCUUGAACUCCACAUCAAAGUUCCCAGAAAACGACAUUGUUAUUAUUCACUGCCUUGUGAUGUUCUAACCUGCAAGACAGUUUCCACCAUGAAACUAGGGCCUGGCUUUGUCAUUGAAGCUCUCCCUGCGGAUGUUUUUCUUCCAGCUCUCAAGUCUCUUGUUCUAGACUCUGUUCGGUUCUUUGCUUUCGAUGGUCGCUGCUCGUUUAAUACGCUUCUUUCUCAGUCCCCUGUGCUGGAGGAGUUAGUGAUGGAUGGCAUCGAGUUCGAACGCUGGAAAUGGUGCUCCACCGUCUCUAGUACGACCCUUAAGAGACUUACUAUUCGACGUAGGGAGUGGUUCUCUUAUGAUGAAACUGACGAGGAGAACAUUAGAGUUGAUUCUCGGUGUCUUACCCAUGAGUUUGAUAACGUUAGCUUCCAUACUCCUGCUCUAACCUACUUGGAGUAUUCUGACUAUGUUCCCAAGGAGUAUCUAACUGUUAAUCUCGACUCCCUUGUUGAAGCUAAUCUCAACCUUUGGGUUGAUGAGGAAGGUGUCUGGAGGCCUUACCAUGCAACUACUUUCAAUCCCAUGACUCUUAUUAAUGGUUUAAAACACGUUGCGAUUUUGAGCUUAACCAGUGAAGCUGUGGAGAUGUUUGAUGUCUUGAAUGAAUCAAUCCCAAUGUUUGUAAUGGUGUCUCAGUUAUCUCUUGGCCUUUCUGAAGGCUGUUGGUUUUCUCUAACAAAUGUGAUAAAGAAAUUUCCAAAUCUAAAGACUCUCAUCAUCGAGAGUAUUCUUGCCUAUUGUCUUCUCCGGUGGAGGUCCUGAAGAUAAACGAGUACUAUGGUUCUAAAAACGAGCUUGAACAAACGAAGCAUUUCUUGGGAAAGUUGCCAUGCCUUGAGCUGGUGGAGGUUUGUGCUCAGGCGACAUCAAGUGAAGCAAAGCUGCAAAUCAUGGCCGAGCUACUAAUGAUUCCAAGAGCUUCGUCCAAGUGCAAAAUCCAGGUCAAGUUUUUUCAAUAGAGUUACUAGGACUAGCAAACUCUAACGUUUCCUACUUUUGGUUAAGUAUGUUUGGAAGUUGUUGGAUACAUGAUGUAUGUUGGUUCAGCUAGGAUUUGUCAUUAGGAUACAAUUUAGUCCUAAGUAUUGUUGACAUAAGAAGACCUUGUUUGUUUUGUUUCUUCAUAUCUGGUAGUAAUUGAAAAACA